CUAUGUUGCUCUAUUAAGCAUUGGCUUUAAAAUUCAAAAAUGUGUCAGGAUAUUUUCGAUUUGAAGGCCGAAAGUCUCUUCCUUAACUGCCUGUGCUGCGUGGGCGGCCUGAUAAAGUUUGCCGCAGCUGUGGCUAAUAUGAAGUAUGCCGGUGGCCUGGACGGCCUCUAUAUUGCGGUACUGGUGAUACGCAUUUUUGUGUCAUUGGGCAUCUUUGGGAUCGGAAUAUUUGGCUACUAUAGCAUAUUGAGCGAUUAUGUGCGCGGUCUUUGGUUGUAUAUGGCAUUGAUGGUGGUCUUCACCGCCCUAGAUGCCUCCAUGCUAACAUUGUAUAUCUUUAAUGAGCAGGAAAUCAACGAUCGACUUAUCUCACGCAUUUACGCAACAGAAGAGCUCAGAGAGAUUGAGGGUCUGUACAAAUGCUGCGGCAAGACAGGCAUUGAUGAGUACAUCAAAGAACAGAAGGAGGUGCCCAGUAGUUGCUAUAACGAUGACCCUCUAUUGCGACGCGUUGUCUUAGAGCGGGAUGGCUGCGACCUCAAACUGAAUGAAUACUUUCAACAAAAGAAGAGUCGUACUCUCUUCGUGUUCUGGGUAUUCGUGGUUGUUCAGAUAUUAGCCGCACUAGUCACCCUCAAUCUUAGCUGGCGUGUUUCCAAACUACAGCAAGAGCAGCAGAAGCACUCAAAUAACGAAAAUAUCGCGGCAAUCUAGGAAUGCUCGGCAUUCAUUUUGGACAUCAUUUUCAAGAAAGUGUUGCUUGUUUUCUUAAAAUAAAGAAUACUCUUCAGGAUGCCUUCAUCUGAC